CAUGGGAGUUUUCUUGUGUGUGUUUUUGUUUACUUCACUCACAUGUUUCUUGGGGUUUCUUAACUUAUAUAGUUAGACUUUCAACUAUAAAUUUGUAAACUACAGGACAUAGGCGUAAAGCAAAAGUGAGAGAGCAAAUCGUAUAACUUUAUUUUUGCAUAAAUAUAUGAUGCCCUUAGAUUUGCUGUCUUAUUAGGUGGACCACCGGUUUCUUAUACUUUACUUUUCCUUGUUUUUUUUUUUUUUAAUUAUCGACACAUACAAUUGGACGCAUUAUGUGUUGUCCACGCACACACACUAAUACUACUGUGUAUAAACACUAAGUCGUCUUCUUCUUCUUCUACCAUAAAAAAAGGAACAUCGUGUCCUCAUGCUUGUUGUUAGCUUGGGAAAUCAUGCGACAGUUUUUGUUUUUAAUCUAUUUUCAAAGUCAAUAUAUGAACAGUAAGGUUUAUAACAAAAAUAAUUGCAUCCCCGACAAGAAAGACGUUGAAUGAUCGAUCUUUUGAAGCCAUUUCUUACUUACUGUACAUUGUUUUCUAAUGUGCAUAUCAUUCAAAAGUUUGACAUUUGUUAUCUCUGCAAGAGAGUGUGUUGUAGAAAGUCAGUUGUCGAAUUUACCCCCCUUUUUCAAAAGUCACAUUCAGGUCACUGCUUGGAAAAGAAACACUUUUUUUCUUUCUGACUCGGGUAUCCGAUUCUCUUUUCUUCUGUUGUUACUAAACAAGAGUUAAUUUGCUUGACAGUAGUCUUAUAAUCUUUGGGAAAAAGGUUAGUUAAAUUGUAUUUUAUCUGGUGUCUUUGUGCAACAUUAUAGAAGACACUAACUUAAGCAUCCUCCUUUAUGCAUAAUUUGAUUUGACCCCUUACUUGUUAGUGGUUGAAAGCUAUAACGAAUAUCAAAUUGGAGUUUAAUUAAUCUUAUUUUCACACGUGUUUUUGACAUUGUGGCUACCAACAACAUCUCUGUCCAUACCAAGUGCUUGUUUAACGUUUACAUGAGACUUCAGUUUGUUUGUUUUUUGGCUAGUUAGGGGUAAAAAUUCCAUUCUUCUUUUUUAUUGGUCUGUAAAAAAAAUUCCAUUUCAAGUAAGAAGAAAGGGAGAUGUUUCUACGUUGUAUUCCCCAUAGUCAAAUCUAACGUCAGCUUCGGCCGAGUGAGAGGGGUCAAUUUCAUUCAGCUUAAAUCCAACUUUUUUUUCUAUGUCUCAUAAAUAAAUUUCUCUUUGGUUACAAAAAAAAGUAAAAAAGUUUGGUCAGGAAGAGAGGAGCGAGGACCCACCGAUUACGUCAUCUCGUCUAAGAAGUAAUCAGAAAAAAAAAAACCUAAUUUUUAAAAUAAAAACAUCUUCUCGUGAUUGCGAAGUUUGUUUGUGUGUGCUGUGUGGUGAAGGGUGAUCUCUCUCUCCGCCCCGAAUCUCCGGGCGAUGCGAUUUUUAUCACUGUUGGUUUAAUAAUCUACUUCACGGUGGUGUGUUUUAAAAUAACUGAAAUAGUUCCGGUCGAAAUUUGUAGGUUUUCGAGAUUUUUUUUUUUUUUGGUUGGAAAAAUAAAAAGUCUCUGUUUUCAGACCGAAUCUUUUGAUGUAUCACUUGCAUGGCUGUGAAGGCUCUGUGUAGCCUGUAAAGCUUACACGAGGAUUUUGUUGCUCCCCUUAAUUUCCCUCUAAUAUCUCUCCUUCUCUCUCUCUCUACGAUAAUAAUGUCUUCUCUGCACCGUUUCCUUUCGCCUUCUUUCUGUCCGUUUCCAAAUUUCUUUCGUUUCUUCUUUUUGGCUCUAUUUACUUGCCAUCUCUCUCGAUGAUAACGACAUGAAACCCACCUCAAACAAAACCACAUUCACUUAUUAUUAGCCUUUGUUUUUUUUUGAGUGGCCGUGAAGGUGUGUGAUUCUGGUGCCCUUUCUUCCUUUUUGUUUCCCUGCUUAAGAUGCUUAUUCCUUGGCCUGAUGGGACACAAGUGAUAUCAGUGUUACCGUUGAUAGAGUGGUGUUUUGGUUCUGUUUUGGUGUGAGCGUAUGCCUGGAAAUAAGUACAACUGCAGUUCUUCUCAUAUCCCACUCUCUCGAACAGAACGCCUCUUGAGAGAUAGAGAGCUUAGAGAGAAGAGGAAGAGCAACCGAGCUCGUAAUCCUAAUGACGUUGCUGGCAGUUCCGAGAACUCUGAGAAUGACUUGCGUUUAGAAGGUGACAGUUCAAGGCAGUAUGUUGAACAGUACUUGGAAGGGGCUGCUGCUGCAAUGGCGCACGAUGAUGCGUGUGAGAGGCAAGAAGUUAGGCCUUAUAAUAGGCAACGACUACUUGUAGUGGCUAACAGGCUCCCAGUUUCUGCCGUGAGAAGAGGUGAAGAUUCAUGGUCUCUUGAGAUCAGUGCUGGUGGUCUAGUCAGUGCUCUCUUAGGUGUAAAGGAAUUUGAGGCCAGAUGGAUAGGAUGGGCUGGAGUUAAUGUGCCUGAUGAGGUUGGACAGAAGGCACUUAGCAAAGCUUUGGCUGAGAAGAGGUGUAUUCCCGUGUUCCUUGAUGAAGAGAUUGUUCAUCAGUACUAUAAUGGUUACUGCAACAAUAUUCUGUGGCCUCUGUUUCACUACCUUGGACUUCCGCAAGAAGAUCGGCUUGCCACAACCAGAAGCUUUCAGUCCCAAUUUGCUGCAUACAAGAAGGCAAACCAAAUGUUCGCUGAUGUUGUAAAUGAGCACUAUGAAGAGGGAGAUGUCGUCUGGUGCCAUGACUAUCAUCUUAUGUUCCUUCCUAAAUGCCUUAAGGAGUACAACAGUAAGAUGAAAGUUGGAUGGUUUCUCCAUACACCAUUCCCUUCGUCUGAGAUACACAGGACACUUCCAUCACGAUCAGAGCUCCUUCGCUCAGUUCUUGCUGCUGAUUUAGUUGGCUUCCAUACAUAUGACUAUGCAAGGCACUUUGUGAGUGCGUGCACUCGUAUUCUUGGACUUGAAGGAACACCUGAGGGAGUUGAGGAUCAAGGCAGGCUCACUCGUGUAGCUGCUUUUCCAAUUGGCAUAGAUUCUGAUCGGUUUAUACGAGCACUUGAGGUCCCCGAAGUCAUACAACACAUGAAGGAAUUGAAAGAAAGAUUUGCUGGCAGAAAGGUGAUGUUAGGUGUUGAUCGUCUUGACAUGAUCAAAGGGAUUCCACAAAAGAUUCUGGCAUUCGAAAAAUUUCUCGAGGAAAAUGCAAACUGGCGUGAUAAAGUGGUCUUAUUGCAAAUUGCGGUGCCAACAAGAACUGACGUUCCUGAGUAUCAAAAACUCACAAGCCAAGUUCAUGAAAUUGUUGGACGCAUUAAUGGUCGUUUUGGGACACUGACUGCAGUUCCAAUACAUCAUCUGGAUCGGUCUCUGGACUUUCAUGCUUUAUGUGCACUUUAUGCCGUCACAGAUGUUGCGCUUGUAACAUCUUUGAGAGAUGGGAUGAAUCUUGUCAGUUAUGAGUUUGUUGCUUGCCAAGAGGCCAAAAAGGGCGUCCUCAUUCUCAGUGAAUUUGCAGGUGCUGCACAGUCUCUGGGUGCUGGAGCUAUUCUUGUGAAUCCUUGGAACAUCACAGAAGUUGCUGCCUCCAUUGGACAAGCCCUAAACAUGACAGCUGAAGAAAGAGAGAAAAGACAUCGCCAUAAUUUUCAUCAUGUCAAAACUCACACUGCUCAAGAAUGGGCUGAAACUUUUGUCAGUGAACUAAAUGACACUGUAAUUGAGGCGCAACUACGAAUUAGUAAAGUCCCACCAGAGCUUCCACAGCAUGAUGCAAUUCAACGGUAUUCAAAGUCCAACAACAGGCUUCUAAUCCUGGGUUUCAAUGCAACAUUGACUGAACCAGUGGAUAAUCAAGGGAGAAGAGGUGAUCAAAUAAAGGAGAUGGAUCUUAAUCUACACCCUGAGCUUAAAGGGCCCUUAAAGGCAUUAUGCAGUGAUCCAAGUACAACCAUAGUUGUUCUGAGCGGAAGCAGCAGAAGUGUUUUGGACAAAAACUUUGGAGAGUAUGACAUGUGGCUGGCAGCAGAAAAUGGGAUGUUCCUAAGGCUUACGAAUGGAGAGUGGAUGACUACAAUGCCAGAACACUUGAACAUGGAAUGGGUUGAUAGCGUAAAGCAUGUUUUCAAGUACUUCACUGAGAGAACUCCCAGGUCACACUUUGAAACUCGCGAUACUUCGCUUAUUUGGAACUACAAAUAUGCAGAUAUCGAAUUCGGGAGACUUCAAGCAAGAGAUUUGUUACAACACUUAUGGACAGGUCCAAUCUCUAAUGCAUCAGUUGAUGUUGUCCAAGGAAGCCGCUCUGUGGAAGUCCGUGCAGUUGGUGUCACAAAGGGAGCUGCAAUUGAUCGUAUUCUAGGAGAGAUAGUGCAUAGCAAGUCGAUGACUACACCAAUCGAUUACGUCUUGUGCAUUGGUCAUUUCUUGGGGAAGGACGAAGAUGUUUACACUUUCUUCGAACCAGAACUUCCAUCCGACAUGCCAGCCAUUGCACGAUCCAGACCAUCAUCUGACAGUGGAGCCAAGUCAUCAUCAGGAGACCGAAGACCACCUUCAAAGUCGACACAUAACAACAACAAAAGUGGAUCAAAAUCCUCAUCAUCCUCUAACUCUAACAACAACAACAAGUCCUCACAGAGAUCUCUUCAGUCAGAGAGAAAAAGUGGAUCCAACCAUAGCUUAGGAAACUCAAGACGUCCUUCACCAGAGAAGAUCUCAUGGAAUGUGCUUGACCUCAAAGGAGAGAACUACUUCUCUUGCGCUGUGGGUCGUACUCGCACCAAUGCUAGAUAUCUCCUUGGCUCACCUGACGACGUCGUUUGCUUCCUUGAGAAGCUCGCUGACACCACUUCCUCACCUUAAUAUCCCGAGACAGUGUCAAGUGAGUUCAUGUAACCCAAUAAAAACUAUUGUUUUGUAACAAAAAGCAGCCAUUACCAGACUCUUUAGUGGUUUGAUUCUAAUAUAAUAAGAGUAGAGCAACUUAUGACACAAAUGAGAACAAGCUCUUAUUACAU